AUGUUUUUAACACACCUUUCUAUCUAAAUCAGAUAACAUUUAUAUAAUUAAUUACUCUUAAGAUAUUUUAUAUUUGCAUUAUAUACUCAUUUCUAUAAAUGUUAUAAUAUUAUUUUGUUGGCUGAUAUCGAUAUUUUGCUUGAUUGUUAUACUGAUGAACAUUUUCAUUUAUUAAAACUAAUCAAUACUAGUUUUGAUAUAGUUUAUUCAUUCGAAGCAAAAUAACCAUAAUCAACUGACAUCAAAGGUAUUUAUAAUGAACCAACCUCCUUCCUUAUUUAUGCCUAAUAUUACAAAAAUUUGUCUAUUCUUACAUUAUUCUCAUCUCAGUUUAACAAUUUAACAUCUUACUAAAAUUAAUUUAUCCAAUUAGGUAUACCUUAAAGAUCAAACCCUUAUAUAUAUUUACUAUUCAAAAAAUUCAUCUUAUAGUUUAUCUUCACUUAGAAUUAUGCUUUUCAAGAAGCAUAACACUAUGCUAUCAAUGGUUUAGCUGAUACUUUUUAAGUUUAUUACAACUACUAAGCUUUUUCUUAAUGUGAUUAGCUAUUGAUCUAAUCUUAAAGUGGUUAUUAAUAGUUUAUUGAAGGAUGUUAGAACUAAUUAAUUAAGUAUGAUUAUGGAUAUAUUGAUCCUAAGCAAUAAGUGAUUUAGCAAUAUUUUAAUAAUGAAAUCCUCUUGAUUUAAUAAUAAAACUAUCUAACAUUGUAUUAAACAGGGAAUUUCUGGAAAUCAAUUGGGUUUACUGAGAUCAACAGUAACUCUUAAAUAUUUUUUAAUCCUUACAAUUGCUAUCUAUUUAUAUUUAACAAAUUAAUUACUGUUUAUUAACUAGCGAUACCCUAUCUAUCAAUCAAUUUAACAGAAUUUUCGUUCUACAUGUAAUGA